UCGACGUUUGAACCUUGACCUCGUAAGCAGACAGCUCGAACGAUGCGGCAGCGGACUGGCAUGAAUUGGCGAGAGAUCAUAUUUUCCCUGGCUUAUCUAGCGACAUUAUCGGUGAAUUCUGUCGGCCAAGAUAUUCUAGGAUGCGGCGGUUUUCUAAAAAGUCACGCCGACAUCGAUUUUGCAAAGGUGCACGUAAAACUGUACACGAAGGCUGGCAGUUUGAAGGAUCAGACCGAGUGCGCGCCCAAUACCGGAUAUUACUUUCUACCCCUAUAUGACAAGGGUGAAUACACGUUGAAGGUAGAUCCCCCUAGAGGUUGGAGUUUUGAGCCUACAGAAGUAACAUUGAAUGUAGAUGGUGUUACGGAUGACUGCAGUCAAGAUAUUAACUUUACGUUUAAAGGAUUUGGUAUUACAGGACGUGUAAUUAGUUUAGGUACUGACUCUGGUCCUAAGGAUGUUACUAUUUCCUUAUAUGCAGAUAGUGAUAAACAUGUUCCCAUUAAAUCAACACUAACAGCAGAAGGUGGCAUAUUUUAUUUUACUCCCAUUCAACCUGGAAAGUACAUACUCAUUGCAUCUCAUUCUAUCUGGAUAAUAAACAAAAAUAAAGUUGAAGUGAUUGUACAAGAGGGAAAUACAGAAGUUGUGGAUGGUAGUCUGGUGGUAUCUGGAUACGAUGUGAAUGGCAAAGUCAGCAGUGAAAAUGAUCCAGUGGCUGGUGUAUCUUUCAUUCUUUUUGGGAGUGGUUUUGCGGAGAAGUGUGAGACUACCCCGAUAGCUAAAGAUUUCGAGUCCAAAAAACCGCUUUGUCAUGUAGUUUCAGACAAUAGUGGUAGAUUUAUAUUUCCCAGUGUGUCACCUGGCGAUUACAAACUUGUACCGCACUACGCCGGCGCCCAGACAAAAUUCGACGUUCAACCAUCGGAAUUAUCUUUUAAAGUUAGUCACAACAGUGUAAUCCUCGCUCAAGAGUUUAAAGUGACUGGCUUUACGGUCGGCGGCGGUCUUGUUCGUAGUUCUACGAAUGGUGAUGCUUUGCCUGGAGCAAAGAUAUUCUUGUCGCAAAAAGAGAUCGCAGUCACGGAUAAAAAUGGAAAAUAUGUAUUGGAUAACAUGAAAACUGGCCAGUAUAUACUCAGAGCGGAGUCUGCAAACGUACAAUUUAGCGAGAUAACGGUUAAAAUCUCACCGACUUCGCCUGAGUUUCCGGUAUUGGUACCCUCGGCAUAUAAAGUCUCGGGAAAAGUAACUCUCUCCGCAAAAGGGACUUUGCACUUUCGCAAGUUAUCUGUUCAGAAUACAGCUGCUACUUUCUACAAAGAACUUAAUACCGAUGAGAAGACGGGAGAAUAUUCUGUGUAUCUUGCCCCAGAUAAAUAUCAGUUGAGCGUAAUUGUGAGCACAGAAGAGAAAACUAAGGGCUUACAAUUCUAUCCACUGCAACAAAUGAUUGAUGUAACAUCUCAACCAAUUACUGAUGUAAACUUUUUGCAAUUAAAGGCUACAUUAACGGGAACAGUAAAUUGUUUGUCACAGACAGAUUGCAGUCAAGCUUCUGUCACAUUAAAAAUACUUGAUGGAGUUACAAUAAAGACGGUACAAGCUAAAGAUGGUCAAUAUCAGUUCACGGAUGUAUUACCCGGUCACUACGAAGUCUUGAUCGACAACGACGUGUUUUGCUGGGAAAAUCCCAGUUACAGAAUUGCGAUAACAUCGGAACGUGCGGAAGUGCCGCCUUUCAAACAAACCGGCUUCUCCAUCACCUUCAUUUCUUCUCACGACACCACCGUUGAAUACUCCGAACCAAAUAAUACAAAACUGAUCACUCUGCCUCUGAGCAAAGGCAGUACAAGACAUUGUGUGCCUAAAUCUGGCGCAUACACUUUCGUCCCGAAAGGUUGCCAUGUAUACGAUAAAUCUUCUUACAUUUGGGACACCAGUAAUCUUUCCCCGAUCUUGCUACAUUCCACCGAGCAUACUCACAGAGGAAAUAUUAUAUGCACGAGUCCGCAAAGUAAUCUCAAAAUAAAAAUCGAAGAUGCAGGCGAUAGUGUUACGAUUGAUCCACUGAAGCCUGUAAAAAAAGACAACGUAUAUAAAUACGAAUUUGAGUUUAAGGCGAAAACGGAUAACACGUACACUAUUACUCCACUAUCUGACAUUUUGUUAUUCAAUCCACCAUCUUUAAAAGUUUUUGGCGUGAAUGAUUGUCAUAAUGACAUCGCAAAUUUCAUUGGUGAUUUAGGAAAGAUUAUAGCUGGAAAAAUAUCUCCACCAUUGGAAGGUGUAACAAUUCAAAUAUUUGGAAAAGAUAAGGAAUCUCCGAUUCACACAUUAGUUACACAGAAGGACGGUACUUAUAGUAUCGGUCCUUUAGAUGGAAAAAUCGAAUAUAGUGUUACAGCUGAAAAGGAAGGUUUUGUGAUCACUGGACCUGAUGCUAAGGGAGUGUUUUUAGCGCACAAGUUGGCCGAAAUUAUCGUGCAAGUUUCUGACCAUGCUGACAGCUCUUCAUUGCAGGGUGUGCUGCUUUCUUUGUCCGGUGGUCAAAGUUAUCGCAAGAACAGUAUGACCGGCGAGGACGGAAAGUUCAUAUUUAAUUCGCUAUCUCCGGGCGAGUACUAUCUUCGACCUAUGAUGAAAGAGUAUCGUUUUGAUCCGCCAUCGAAGAUGAUCAACGUUGUUGAAGGAGCGACUGUUAAAGUGAACCUUUUCGGUAAUCGAGUCGCGUAUAGCGCUUAUGGCUCUGUAACAUCCUUGAACGGAGAACCGGAAGUUGGUCUAUUAGUCGAAGUUCAAGGUCAAGGAAACUGUUCCAAUCUCCAAGAAGAGGCCACGACCGAGGAGAAUGGCAACUUUAGAAUCCGCGGUCUCCAGCCCAUGUGCGUCUACGCCUUCCGUUUGAAACCGAAUGUAGAAAGUAACGCUCAUAUACAACGUACGAGUCCUAGUUCUCAACUAGUGCAGCCGAUGAAGGAGGAUAUUCGCGGUCUACGACUGAUUGCUUUUCAUCCGAUCUCGCGUACGGACGUCUCGGUGCACGUCACGUCUACUCAGCCGGAACACUAUCGCACGAUUAAGGUAAAACUGUGUCGGGAGGAUGCUCCAGAUUCGCCGGUGCAUAUCUCGAAAUUGGAUGUGCAACAAUCCGCUGGUAAGAACGCCGGUUAUUACAAUGCCGGUUUCCUCGUGCACUUCCCACCGUUGCAAGCUGAUGGCAGAAAAUACUUUGUGCAAUUGGAGUCAUCGCUAUCGCAAGCCGUGCAUAAAUAUCGAACUAUUCCGGUCUACUUUGAAGCAAACUCGUCGUUUAAGUACGUCAAGCUGACGUUCAAUGCGGAGCGGAAGGUCGAUCAAAGUGACAUGAAUCAAACUUCAGUGGUUGCACUGCCAUUCAUUAUGCUGGUUGGAUUAGCAUUCAUUAAUCGCGAGAAAUUGUGGACUUGGUUGAACGCAAUGCUCGAAAGACGCUCCAAGCCUGUGCCGAGUUCCAGAGCACCCGUUCAAGCUAUUCCCAUUGAUCCCAGAGCGGAUGAUAUUAUAGUUGAACAAAUAAUGAAUAUCAACAAGAGGAAGGCAAAGCCGCGAAAGACAUAAAUCGAUGAUAUUAUCAAUCCUAUUACUUUUAUAUUGAGAAUCAUUCUUGAUGAUCUCAAAAAAGGGAAUUAUCAAAGAUUUAAAGAUCCUCUGUACCUCAUUUGUGUUUUAUAUGACUCAAAAAUGUGUUUGCUGAUAAUAUUUAUCACAAUUGUGUAUGUGUCCCUAUCAUGAAGAAAAGAUUUCGGUACUUGGUGUAUUUAGAACUGUUAGUAUUUAUAUAAAGACGGAUUAAAACAGCGAUGUUUCAUGAUCAAAGAUAAAAGAAAAGUAUUUUAAUGUUAGAUAUUAAAAUGCAAGCAUCCAUAAAGAUAAUUACGAUCGCCUUAUAUCGUAUUACGUAUAUCGAGAGACGUAAAAAUUGUUAGCAUUAUUAAGUAAUAUAAAAUAUAUGUAUAUAUAAAGGUUGCUGUUGUAUAAUACAAUCUAGAAAUUAUUAAACGUUCUUACUUUAAUUCUUACUUUAAUGGAAUGAGUAAUGUUUGAUUCUUACUCUGUUAAACAAGUAUUUUACUUUAUCUCGCAAAUUAAUGUAAGAACGAAGAAUAGAGAACAAAGGAUUUUUCAGUACUUUAUUUUCUUAAAUUUACGAAUGAUAAUCUUGGGGAGGAGGGGAUUACUUCUACUUAUAUAAUCAAUAUUUAGAUGACAAAGUACGCCUGAAAAGAAAUGCAAUGAGAUAUAAUAACACAUAGUAGUAGAAA